AUGUAUCCAGUCCCUAUCGACUUGACGGACGAGUCUGAUACAAUACUUCUGCCCGUCGACGAACCCCCGCACGCACCACAACCCUCACUGGGAUCGAAUCGAGCGGAUAUAUCAAUCAGAGAGGAGGUGACACCACAAAGACUCUCACAGACAGCAUACACACCAACCAACGCCACAGCUCGUGUUUCUCCGCAAGAUUCUUCACAAUCGUCCAAGCAUACGGACUUCCCGACUCCUUCCUACUCCAGUGCUUCAGGCGCUCAUGCUGUCUCUGCUGCCUUAGCCAGUCCAACCAAACAAGCUCCUACGACCGGCAGCACAACAGCGACAGCUCCCCAUCCUCCAGCCGCUGCUCAAUCACAAACCGGCGGGCCCACGAUCUCACACCCAGUGACUGCGAUACCAGCAGGAUCAAGCCAAGUUGAGCACAAGAUCCCCUCGUCGUCUGUCCCUGCACAAGUCAAGAAAGAGCCCACAAACGCGAAUGCGAACUCCCCUGUCCUCUCAGCUCCCGCUCAGUACAUUUCGCAUGGUAUGGCCCAAACUCCAUCGCCGUAUGGCUCAUCGGACAGGAGCGCGAUCUUUCAUGCCCCUCCCCGUCAAGUUGUAUCAAACACUGCCAUGCAACAAGUGGCCCCGCGAGCAUCGAAUCCUCCUAUCUACAAUCUUCCAAUGCCAUAUCAGUAUUCCUUUCCUGGCUCUGCUCAUACGAACAACUACGUGUUCCCAACCAUGCAAUCAGCGAGCACACCACCAGCUGUCAAGUCAGAGCAGGCAAAGGUGGUGGAUAUGCCCAUUGCCCAUCCUGUGAAUUGGAUGAAAGAGAAACAACUGUGGUUUUCCAGUGACAUGAAACCCGCCCAGCUCUUGCAAAACAAGCUCACGAUUCUUAAACAUCAGCAACAGAUGUUGUCGAGACAGUUUGGUGCGUUGAAGGCCAACAUUCAAAAGUUCAGAGAGCAGGUGGGACGAUGCCCGCUGAGCGGGAGGAGUGACGGGUUUCAAACCGAGAUGGAUAAAGUACUGGGACAGAAAGAUGACAAGCGCAAGAAUGAUCUCAUCAGUCUCUUCAACCUCAUGAACGAUGACAUGAAAGGUUUCAUUUCCUUGAUGUCUUCAGCCGAGAACCUGCAGGACAGACUCUGUGUGAUGUCCAUCUUAGAUGCUGACCUUGACUGCUUGUCAAACAUGAACAAGGACAAGAAGUGGCUGAGUGUGUUCAUCGACAACGACGGGCUAGUCCCCCUUGCCAAGUGGGUGGAAGGAGACGUCGACGACAAUCUCUUGACUAAGAUCCUGGACGUGAUGCUGCAAGUCAGCAUGGAGGGAAAAUCAGCCGCUCUCCUGUCACGAUCCAAGUUCUUUGUCAACCUGAACAUCCCCAAGGACAAGCCUGAGCUGCGAUCAAAGAAAAACGUGCUGAAGCACAAGUGGAAAGGAGAGCUGCCGGAUCUGUCCAACGCCAAGAAGGAGGAUGCGCCCGAGGUGAAGAAGAAGGAGAAGGAGAGACCCAAGGAAGUCAAGACUGAAGUGAAGGGAUCGAGCGUUAAGGCUGAGAAGCCGUUGUCGCCCAAGACGACGAGCGCGUCGCAAUCGAAGAACAAGGACGAGGACCUGUUCAAGGGGAUGUUCGGCAGCAAGAACAAGAAGGCUGCGCCCAGUGUGCCUGCCCCGAGCACGAUGCGAAUGACGAUGUCUGAGAGGACUGCCGUCAUGGACGACGAGAUGGUGAUAUCGGACUCUCGAGGUCAGAGCUCGAGCUUGAUUGACAAGCUUCGGAGCAAGGACGGCGACCCUGCUGUGCAGAAGGAGGAGGACAAGGACAAGGAUGGACAACCCCGCAAGAGGCCCAACGAUCCCCUUCCCCUUCCUCUUCCUGUGCUGGAAAGCUCGAAGAGUACGGGGGAGGAAGAGCCGCAGAAGAAGAAGAGAAGAAUCUCCUGGGCACCCGACGACAAACUCUGCGAAGUGCAGAUAGGGGAGAGUCCGACGGACUUUGUGGUCAUUCCCGCAGUACGCGAGGGGGAGAAGAAGGUUCCGCCGAGAGUUUAUGACUCGCUCGACAAGAUUCCUGAUGACCCGACGGAUCUUGACCCUUCCAUGCUCCUCAAAGUUGUUGGGCCUGCGCACGAGCCUCCUGCUAUCCCCUGGCAGCAGUUUCUUCUUCCUGAGCCCGAAGCUCCUCCUGCUCCAUCCGAUCCUGUAGCUCACAAUGGAGGAGGGAUGCUUUCAGCGAUGCCUCCAGCCCAGGGAUACCAGAGCAACCAUGACAUAUUCCACGAAGUCAACGCCCUCCUCCACCAAGUUGAGGGCCCGUCGGGCACCUGGUCGGAGACGAACCGAAUGCCUGCCCAACCCAUGGCCUACCCGCCCAUGGGACAGGAGCAAAUGUACAACAUGCACGGGGGUCAGAUGGGAUGGAGGGGGUCAGGAGACCCGCAUGGACCCCACUCGUAUCCUCAUGACAGGAUGACCCAAGGACAGUGGAAUUCCAACGGGAAAAGGAAGGGAAAGGGAAAAGAGGUGGAGAAUGAGGAGAGGAGGAGGAAGAAGAUUGGGGGAUAG